AAUUCACAAGCAACAUAGUGAAAUAUAACAAUAUGGCUACUCAUAGCAAUUUCAAGAAUGGCCUGAUUGCAUUUUUAGCCACUUUUCCUUCUAUUCUUUUCUACCUUUCUUUCCUAUAUAAUCACAAUGAAGAUCACUAUUCAUUAUGGAAUUGGUGCAAUAACCAUCCAAUUUUACUGGCAAAUAUCCUGUUUUUCCUCAAUGUCAAUGUCCUCUUUUGGUUUAUUGCUCUUCUUCAAUCAAGCCUUCAUUGGAUGAUAGGUUUGUACUGGAUGGUGAUUCCAGUAAUGUUGUUACAUUUCUAUGCCAAUCAUCCCAUGGCACAAUACAAUCAAUUGAGGUCAUGGAUUGUGACAAUUUUGACAUGGAUUUGGAGUAUUAGGAUGAUUCAUAGCUACUUCAGAAGGGAAAAUUGGCAGUUGGGAGGUAAGCAAGAUUGGAGAUAUACAGAUAUGAGCAACCAGUAUGGAAAGAAUUGGUGGUGGAUCUCCUUCUUUGUUAUUUAUCUCUCUCAGCAGGUUUUACAGAUGGGGAUAUGCUUGCCUCUAUAUAUUGUCCAUUCAAUAGAUAAGCCAUUGAAUUUUUUGGAUUUCGUUGCCAUCGCCAUCUGUUUCUCUGGCGUUACAAUCGCCUUUUAUGCGGAUACAGAGCUCCACAAUUUCAUCAACAAAAAUCAGAAACUGAAACAACUUGGCCAGCCAAUGGUUCCAAUUCUUGACAAAGGCCUUUGGUGUUACUCAAGACAUCCAAAUUAUUUAGGUGAACAAUUGUGGUGGUGGGGAUUGGCCUUAUUUGGAUGGAAUUUGGGCAAAAAUUGGAUCUUUAUUGGUGCACUUAUAAAUAGCAUUUGUUUGGGAUAUGUCACUAUGCUUGUGGAGAAGAAAAUGGUUAGAGAAAACUAUAGAGCAGAUGCAUAUAAGCUCUACCAAAGGAAUACAUUUGUGUGGAUUCCAUGGUUCAACUUUUCCUCAAAUGCAAAAGAUAAGAAGAAAAAUUGAGUCCAUGGAUUGUUGUAAUAUGCUUGUAUUUAUUUCUCUUUGUAUGUUUCAUUUGCUUUUUUUGCAAAGAUUGUGAUAUAGGUUCAUAACUCAUCAAUUACAUUUCAAUUUGUUUGUCUGAUUUUGACUUGGU